AUGGCUGAUUCCCUAAGGCAAGCGAACCCCAAUGUCGACGUGGCUGUUUCGGUCCUGGGCUCCAGGCGAACUGCUGAUAGUAUAUUUGGAGGUGGGGCUAUGUUGACUGGCGAGCAUGAAUUUGAAUUCGAUGACAUUCUUGUUAAUGCUAAGGCUUACCGCCGAGCCAUGGCCAUGGCUGAGGAGGUCUUGUCCAGCCGAGGCCCAGUCGCCGCAACGAGUACAUCGGGAUCGAGGGAAAGGGGCCUCUCAAAUGACCAGAAUACAGAACUGCGGAAUGAUAAGGGUCUCACGGUGGAGUCCCUGAUGGUGUCGCGCCGAGGCCCAGUCGCCGCAACGAGUAUACCGGGAUCGAGGGAAAGGGGCUUCUCAAGUGACCAGAAUACAGAACUGCGGAAUGAUAAGGGUCUCGCGGUGGAGUCCCCGAUGGUGUCGCGCCUGCCCAUAUUUACACUUGCUGAAUUUAAAGUACAGAUCAUGCAAUUAUACCCGCAGCUCGAGUUCAUUCUCAUUGGGCGCUUUGCGCAGGAGCAAGUUAAACGGUAUGGGAACCUUAUGCAUUGGAAACAUAUGCACUCGGCUGCCAUUACCAAUCAAGGGUGCCGGUCUGGCAAUUUCUGUUUCGCACUGGGAGGCGAGGCAUCUCUAUACCGACGGCACAAGGCCACCACCGACUUGCCAGCUGGGCUGAUGCAGCUCCAAAUUACGGACUCUAGUCAUGAACAUGAGCAGUUAUGUAUCCUAAGUGCAAACGCUACCCUAAGUGCAAACGCUACCACAUCGGCGCAGUUCCCCCCUGGCGUCCCCCUCCCUCCAGUUGAGCGCUUGCCGGCCGAAUUUGAGUGUCCCAUUUGUUUCGAAGUGAAGACUUUCGAAAAACCUUCCCACUGGACGAAGCAUGUAUACGACGACUUGCAGCCAUUCACCUGCAGCUUUCCUCUAUGUAACGAUGUCAAAUCAUUCCGCCGCAUGGAGGAUUGGGUUCGACAUGAGAACGAGCGACACCGGCGACUGAAGUGGUGGACCUGCUCAUACCUCGACUGCAGCCAUACAUCCUACCGCAAAAAUGAAUUUGUUCUGCAUCUGAUCCGGGAGCACAAGAUGCCUGAUCCCAGAGUCAGGAGAACAAAAUACUUGUUGGCUUCUGAGGCUGCGUCUGAUAGUCAACAUAAACCGGAAUUGGACCGCCUCUGGGAGAUGGUCAAGAAAUGCAGAUACGAAACUGACCCCGCCCAGGAGCCCUGUCGGUUCUGCGGAAACAUCUCUAGUUCCUGGAAGGAACUAACGGAGCACCUGGCGAAACACAUGAAGCACUUGGCUAUGACAGUUCUGGCACUUAGCAACGACGGGUCUACCGAGUCGCAUUCGAAGAAUGUGAAGUGA